AUGGAAGAAUUAAACAAAACAAUGGUCAAGGAAUUUAUUCUGGUGGGAUUUUCUGAUCUCCACCAUUACCAAAUCUUAUUUCUCAUUGCUAUAUUAUUGAUGUAUAUUACUAGUGUGGCUGGAAACUUUGCAGUUAUUAUUCUUGUUAAGACUGGACUGUCACUUCAUUGUCCAAUGUAUUAUUUUAUCUGUGUAUUUGCAGCUUUAGAAAUAUCAUUUGUGUCUGUUACUGUCCCCAGACUUCUAGCUAAUAUGAUUGUGAGUAACAAGAAGAUCUCUUUUGUUGGAUGCUUCGUACAGUUAUACAUCUUUAGUGUACUUGGGAUAACAGAAUGUUUUUUGCUUGCAGUUAUGGCUUUUGACAGAGAUUUGGCAAUUAAUCAUCCUUUAAGGUACUCAUCAGUCAUGAACCAUUUAUGUGUUUUUCUUCUGGUGGUUACACCUUUUAUCAUCAGUUGUAUCAUCACUUUAUUUCCCACAAUCUUCACAGCGGACUUAAAAUUCUGUGGACCCAAUGAAAUAAACCACUUUUUUUGUGAACUGACCUCAGUACAGAAAUUGGCUUGUUCUAAUACCUUCAUCAGUAAAAUAUUGACCAGCGUGGCAACUACUUUUGCAAGCCUUAUUCCUUUCAUCCUUAUUAUAGGAUUCUAUAUCCAUAUCAUUAUUACGAUCACCAAAAUUAAGAGUGUGGAAGGUAAACACAAAGCAUUCUCCACUUGCUCCUCCCAUAUAAUAGUUGCCUGUCUCUUCUAUAGUACAGUCAUCAUUGUCUACAUAAACCCACAAGGAAGUCAGUAUGAUAAGUUCCUUACACUUAUGUACACAGUCAUUGUUCCUAUGCUAAACCCUUUCAUUUAUACUUUAAGAAACAAUGAUGUCAAGAAAGUUUUUCUUACGACCAUGUUGAACAAAUUUAAAUACUGUUAA